AUGAAAAAAUUAAAUGGAAUAACAAACAUAUAGGAUAUAUUAUCAGAUCCUGAAGAGAAACAAAAAAAUUUUAUUUAAUAAUAUUGCAAACCUCUUAAGAUUUUAGGAAAGGGAGCAUUCUCUACUGUGAUUGAAGCUCUGAAUAUGUCAAAUAAAUAAGUAGCAAUCAAAAUAAUUGACAAAGUUCUUUUUAAUUCUUAAUAAAUAGAGAUUUUGAGAUAAGAAGCUCAACUUCUAAUUAAAUUAUCUCAUCCAAAUGUUGUGCGUGUUUCUUUUGUAUGUUUGAACUCUUAUUGAUAGAGCAAAGAGACAAAAAAUAAACUUUUUAUAAUGAUGGAUCUAAUUAAUGGAGUUACAUUGAAAUAAUACCAAAAAAAUUUAUUGGACAAUGAGACAGUUAUUUUAAUAACAAAAUAAAUACUUGAAGCUAUUUAAUAUUUACAUAAAGAGAAUAUAAUUCAUAGAGAUAUUAAACCUGGUAAAUUUUAAUACUAAGAAUAGAAAACAUCAUGAUUGAUCCAGAAACAUUACAUGUAACUUUGAUUGAUUUUGGAUUAUCAGCAUAAUUGACAAAUGUUGAAGGUUCUAAAUUAAUGAAUGAAAAUUGUGGAACUAUUUUAUAUAUGGCACCUGAAUAAAUCUAAAAAAAGAAAUACAAUAGAGUAAAUUUAUAUUUUGUGAUCUAUUUUAGAGUGUAGACAUUUGGGCUUUAGGAAUUGUAGUGUUUAAUUUAUUAAAUUAAGGAAAACAUCCUUUCUUUUAAAAAAUGGAUGAUAUUUAGUCUUAUUCUCAAAAAAUUAAUUAGAUGAAAUGGAAUUGGGAAUAUGAAAUUAAUCAAAAGGCAAAAAGUUUUCUUCUUAAAACUAUUGCCUAUUUACCAGAAGAUCGAUUAAGUGUUAACUAAUGUUUAGAACAUCCAUGGAUUACAGGAAAAGAUGAUUCACCAUUAACAUUUAUUGAAACCCUUAAAUUUCAUACUCUCUAAAACAAAAUUAAAAUUUUGAUUAAAGCUUUGUAAUUCCUUUAGUAUGUUAAAAAAGCAGGUCCAAUUAAAACUCCUCUAAUUAAAAAUCGAUUUAAAUAUCCAACAACACCUGUAGAAAAAGAUCGAUUCAGAUUAAAUAGAAACUAAAGAAUUAAUAGUAAAAAUCCUUCUAAUUCUGGUGAUAAAGCUAAAAAAUUGUCUAAUGCAGAUUCUGCAUCAGUUGGUUCUAAUAAAAUUUCGUAAUUCUAAGUGAAUAAUAAAGAAUAAAAGAGAGAAAGAAAAUCAUGUGAUUAACUAAAGAAAUUAAUUUAUAAUCAAAAACCAGAAUAAUACUUUUUACCUUCUUUACAUAAAUCUCUAGAUAGAGCUGUAAAGUAAGGCUAAACAACAUAACCAAAAUCUGAUAAUUCUUUUAAUUAAUCAAAACAAAUAGAAAAUUAGUUUUUUAUGAAAAGCAAAACUUAAUUAAUUUAGGACAAUCUAAAAUAAGUAUAUAUAUAUAUAAAUAGAAUAAGAAUGUGAAUCAAACAACUAAAAUAUUAAAUCACCCUCAAAAGCAAGAGAACUUGACUACACAAAGAAUUCUAUCUUCAAAACCACCUCUUUAAAAAAAGAACAAUAUUGAGUGA